UCGCCAUACGCUCUUCAGUUUUCGCGAGGUUUAGGGUUUUCUCUCGAGCGUAGACCAACACGUACACACCGAUGAUUUACGACGUCAAUUCCCCUCUCUUCCGUUCGUUCCUCAGCCAGAAGGGUGGCUCCUCUGACAAAAGGAAAAUGGAAGAGCAGAAACCGAAGGAGCAGAGACCCAAAGCUAGUGAGAAUAAGCCUGUUAUGACAGAGUGAUUGGUGCAGUAGUUUGUAAGCUUUAGAGUGCAAAGAUGUAUUCUGGAAUGCUAUUAUAAUUUUGGCUUUUCUUGUUUGAUCUGGAAGUUAUAUCUUUUCUAUCCCAUAUUUUUGUUGCUAUCUAAGCAUGGAUGCUAUCUUGGGUUUGUGAAAUUUUGUUGUCCUGAGUGAAAAAGGAAAAAAGAAAAAAAGAGGAAUUUGUCUCUGAUUUAUAUUUCUUACAUUUGAAAGUUUAAAGUUGCUGAUAGAAUCAUAUGCAUUCAGGAA